AUGGCGGCCACCAGUACGUUCUUCCGCCUCCUCCUACUGAUCUCCUUUGUGCCGGCCCUUGUCCCACAGGGCACUGUCUUCGACGUCGAGUUGCUCCACCGUGACUCCCCUAAGUCGCCACUGUACAACAGCUCCAUGACGCCCUUCGAUCUCCUGCAGGCCGCCGCCGUCCGUUCGAUCAACAGAGCUAGCUACUUGGACAACCGUAUCGCCAUGAAGACCUCUGCCGACAUGCAGAUCGGCGUGCUCUUUGAUGACUGGGAAUUCUUGAUGUGGUUCAGCUUGGGCACGCCAAACCCGCAAGCUGUGUGGGGCGUCCUCGACACCGGCAGCGAACUAAACUGGGUCGACUGCGCUGGCUGCCAAUGCUUCAACAGGACCUCCACCGUAUUCAAUCAUAAUGAAUCCCUCUCCUACACGGAGUUAUCUUGCCUUUCCGAUGAGUGCAAGAGCUUUAGGCCGGGUCAUUGCACUAAUGAUCAGUUGUGCGUGUACCAUUACUCCUACCGCGACGGCUCCUACAUCGACGGACUUUUCGCCACAGACACCUUCCGUUUCUUCUCAUUAGAUACGUUCAAUUAUACCUCCAUUCCAAAUAUACAAUUCGGUUGCAACUUCCGGUCCUUGAACACCAGAAAUAUCGACCCCGGCAGCUACAUUGGAAUGGGACCCUGGCCGCCUUCUCUGAUCCACCAGCUCGCCCCUAAGUACAUCAGCAAGCACUUCUCCUACUGCCUGAACAAUUUAAAUGGGGGAGUUAUCAGCAGGCUCUUCUUGGGACGCGGCAAACCGACGGUCGCCGGAAAGGCGAGCGUCACGCAGCUCAUGACGCAAGACAGCUACUACGCCGUGCAGCUUAACUCCAUCUCGAUCCCGGGUGAGUUCGACAUCUCCCUUAGUAGUAGGGGGCCUAGGUUGACAGCCGGCAACAUCAUCUUCGACUCCGGCACCGCCAUGACCAUUCUGAACACUCAAGUGCUAGACCAGUUGGUGAAGGAAUUGAUGUUUUACAUUACCCUGCCGACAUUGCAGACAGGAGGCCUUUUUAAAUUGUGCCUCAUUGUGAGCUCCACACAGCAAGAGGAGCAGCUGCCGGGGUUGUGGUUCUCAUUUGCCGGGGCAUUGGGGAACUUCAGAGUGAGACCUGAAAAUCUGUUUAGGUGGUUUACUCCACGUGUGAAAUGCAUGGUGAUAAUGGGAACGAAUGGUUUACAGGUCUUUGGGAAUAUUAUGCAGCAAGAUGUUUUGGUUGGGCAUGAUCUAGAAAAUAUGGAAUUGACUCUUAUAGAGAAAAAUUGUACCGAGUUAUACAAAUCCUAA